CGUCCCAUCACAACGUUUACAGGCUUUUGGUGGGAAAAUGAGUGGAUCUUUACACACGUUUACCUUAAAAUUCACAGCAUUUAUGUACGUUUUCUGUCAUUUACUGUAACGGUAAAAUAGCAGAUAUAUGUCACGUUUAUAACAGUGCGAAAUAUUCACGCACAGCAGCCCUUUAGGUGUGCUAAAAUCAUCAGGCUAAUCAGGAAAAGUUCACUCUGCCUAUUGUUUGCUAGCAUGCUAUCACGUUAGUCAACUGUGUCUCUGACGCUGAUUAGCUACUAAGUCAGUUUUCUUGACAAAAUCAUUGGCGCUGAAAGGAAACUUGCUACGUUUUAUUAGCCGGUUACGAUACUGCUCUGUGACGAGGCAAGCGCCCGGUUGGUUUAUGACUUAACACGGACUGUGGAGCGUCAACAACAUGCCAGAAAUCAAACUCAAACACGUCGUGUCCUGCAGCACCGAGGACAAUACACAUAAGGCAGACAACCUGCUGAGCUCAGAUACCUACAGAAAGUGGAAAGCAGCAAGACCAGGGGAGAAGCAAACAUCAGUCAUUCUCCAGUUUGAGAAGGAAGAGCAGGUGCACAGCAUUGAUAUUGGAAAUGAGGGGUCUGCAUUCAUCGAGGUGCUGGUGGGCAAUUCUUCAGCUGUCAGAGACCAGGACUAUGAGGUUCUUCUGGUUACAUCUUCCUUCAUGUCCCCUACGGAAAGCCGUAAUGGCGCCAACAUGAACCGGGUGCGUUUCUUUGGGCCCAAUCAGCUACAGAAGAGCACAUCUCAGGAGAAGUGGGACAGAGUGAAAAUUGUGUGUAGUCAACCAUAUAGUAAGAACUUAGCAUAUGGGCUUGCCUUUGUUAAGUUCCAUUCACCACCUGACAAAAAUGAUCCUCCUCCUACUUCUUCCCCUAAACUGACAAAGCUGGGACAGUUCAGGGUGAAGGAUGACUCUCCUUCAUCUGGGCCCAGCCUUCAACCUGGCAGCCUCUUCUUCAAUCGGGACAAUGCAACAAAGUCAAGUACUUCACUCAAAGCAUCUCCACAGAGUGAGAAAUUGAGCUACGCUGCUGCUGCCCUGCAAGCAGGUGGCAGCUCUAACUCAGCAGGCCAAGCUUCGUCCUCUAAUUCUGCCUCACCACAGCCACCGGCAAAAAGAAAAUUUGAGUUCAGCAAAGAGCGACAGUCUGCCCCCGGCCCUCCACCCUCAAAGAAAACAAGCCCAGCUGGCUCACCUGAGGGCAAAGCUGUGACCCCUAAGGCCAAGCCGAGCCCAGUCAGCACACCCAGCCCAAGCACUGCCAAAGUGUCACCAGCACAGAAAUCCUCUGAAAAGAAGAAGGAGAGUCAGUCUAAACCUGAACCUAAGCCCAAACAGCAGGCACAGUCCCAGAGCGAGCAGCAGGUCCCAUUCAAGCGGAUCAUGGAGGGGGUGGUGUUUGUCCUCAGCGGCUUCCAGAACCCCUUCAGAGGGGAGCUAAGGGAAAAGGCUCUGGACAUGGGAGCCAAGUAUCGGCCCGACUGGACACCUGAUUCCACACAUCUUAUCUGUGCCUUUGCUAACACCCCCAAGUACAGCCAGGUGAAGUCAGCAGGUGGCAUCAUCGUACGCAAGGAGUGGGUGAUGGACUGCCACAAGAGGAAACAGAAGAUCUCCUAUAAACGGUAUUUGAUGGAUGGAGCAGAGUCAAGCUCCGAAAGCGAAAUGGAAGUGGAUGACCAGAGCGAAGAGGAAAUGAACACAAAGACUCCACAGAAACAGGAGAGACAAGUCACCCCCAAAAAGACACCACAAAAGAGGGAUGAAGAUGAUGAGUAUGCUGGCUCCACUGAUGUGGAUGAACCGGGAGGAGAUGAUGAUGAUGAAUCUGCAGUGGACACGGAGGACGAGCUGCAGAGGGUGGAAAAAGAGAGCAGACAGAAGAAAGCGACAGCAAAAGGAACAACAGUGAAGGAUGAGGAUCCGUAUGGGGGGUCAACAGAUGAAAACACAGACGCUGAAGCUGAAGAGGAUCAUCCCAUCCCUGAGCUGCCAGACUUCCUAAACGGAAAGCAUUUUUUCCUCUACGGUAAAUUCCCCAACAAUGAGAGGCGACUACUGUUACGGUACAUUGUUGCGUUUAACGGCGCCAUCGAGGAUUACAUGACAGAGAAGGUGCAGUUUGUGGUGACGGGUGAAGGGUGGCAUGACUCUUUUGAAGAUGCGCUGAUGGAGAACAGCAAUCUGAACUUUGUCAAACCCGCAUGGAUUUACGCAAUCAAUGAACGACAGAAGAUGCUGCCCUAUCAGCCGUAUACUGUUGUCCCCUGAACAAGACACUGUAUGUACACACAAAAGAGUGCAAGAACACACUCACACUUUAUAUUCUGAUGGAGAAGCAAUGGGAAAAGCCAUAGACACAGUUUCUUUCUUUUUCACUUCAUAUAAUAGAAGCAAUAAACCAAUUAUUGUUCAUUAAUGCCUUUACUUGGACUUUGACUUGAUAUUCAUGAGAUCUGCAGUGAUCAAAAUGUUUUCUCCACAGAUCUUUAGCUUUUUGUCAAAGUGGAAAAAUGUCUCUUUCAUAGUGUCUUUUGAGGUUAAUGUUAGGAUUAGAUAUUGAUUUAUUUUAAGCUUUUGCUGUGGAGGGUUGUUAGUCAUGGCCAGAAAACAUCAUCAUCAUCAUCAUCCACGUGCUGCUCUACCGCUUAGGGGUUUUGAGCGAAGCACACUUUCUCUGAUUGAGGAUUUGUUUGUAUUUCUUAGUUCCCGUGCUGCAGUUUGCUGCUGCUCACCUCAGCUACCUCAGGUUCUGUCUGGAAAUGAGUUAUCACUCUGUCCUGACUGCCAGUGGCACUGAUAAAACUGACUUUUUGUAAGCAGGUAGACUGUUAAGACACCAGUCCAAAAUCAGAUGAAGGUGACAGUUACUUCAGGCUACAGCCAUGAAACGCAAAUAAAAUUUAACUACAUUCUGGAACUGAAAAUGAAUACUGAGGGAUUGUGUUUGUUUUUCGCCUUUUUUUAUUUUAUUACAUGCUGUUUAUGGUAAAGUGAUGAUUUUUUUGUGUUGAUAAAAACUGCUAAAUAUGAGUUUCUAAUAUGGUUUUAUUCAUGUUUGUGGGAUGAAUAUUCAACUGGCUCGAAGAAUAUGGGGGCUUAAAACAGAUGUCAUCAUUUUUGAGAUUUCUGAAAAGACUGCUUAACUCAGUAGGAAAUGUGGGGCUUAUCAUCUGCUGUAGGUGCUCACUUGUUCAAAGCAGCUUUUUAUCUCUGUCCUGAACUUUUUUUGUUAUAGUACUUAAUUAUUUUGUCUAAAUAAUAAAAGGUUUUUAAUUAAAACUA